AAGAAUGAGCGCUCUUCCAUAUUCUACCGUCCAGACGCUAACGGAUGACGGCGAGGGGAGAGAAAUGAAAGCAGUGCCAUAAAAGAACUGAUGGUGCACAACGGCGAGAGAAGCAAAGCCAGCUCAAUGACAUGCACAGAGAGAUCGGGAUGGCUCUGGUAGCCGAUGGGAGGAGUGGCUUGUUUGAAAAUUUGAGGAAAUUUGUUUUACACGCAGUGGAAAUUCAAUCUGGGGAGUGCAGAUUGGAGAGCUUGAGUACCGGACCUUCAAACAGGAGUGAUGUCGGAAUCUUAUGGCAGCCCUGGUGCCACUGACGAUAGAUUGAGCUUAGAAAUUAGCAGAUCAAAGAGAAAGAAUUCGUCAGGCUGACGAGUCGUACUUGUGUAUUCUUCUGAAGUUCUUCCGAAUGUAGUCUGAGCUGAUGAGAAUUGGUUGCAAACCUUAAGCUUUCGACGAAAAAGAUGAGGCUUUUGUUUCUGCCGGAGAGAACGAGGAGCAAGUAGAUGCGCUUAUGCUUUCUCCUCGACAUGACUGACAAUCUGCUUUCGGAGGGAAACUUUAAGUGGGAAACAAAAUUGCAUAGCAAGCGCGUUGCUUUCAGUUCGUGAAAGUUUAUCACCUGGGAACCGCAAAGAACCUGAAAAAUCUAUCAAGGGUGGAAAACACUUGAGCGCAAAAGCCAAUGGAUGAGCAUAUUCAAGCCCUUGUGGGCUCCCGAGUAACAAGCAUUGAAGCUACUGAGCAAUUGGAUGGGCGUACACUAGUCCAGUUACACUUAUUCAAGGAGGGGUCGCGCACAGUGUUAACACUCGAAGAAGUCAGCUAUAUACCAAGCUGUCGCUGGAUAGAAAACAGACUGCUAGUUUUGGGGCACAUGGCUAGUCUGAUGCAGGAGGUUUUGAAAUCUGAUGUAGUUGAACUUUCCCUUUUAAGUGCUGAGGGUUUGUUUGGAAGAUAUCGGAAAACAAAAUCAGGCCGCAUACAAGAGUGGAUCGCCUUUACAAACAUUAUACUGAGAUGGAAAGAUUACAAAGUAACAUUCGGCGAUGUGGAGUGUGACGAACUUUUGACUAGUGGAGACUGGCCAGCUCAUAUUCCUUUUUGUGAAGGCCACAAUGCCGAUAUCUAGCACAGGGGAGCGUUUUGACCUCGGGAAGAAACUGCCUAUAAUUGCGAGCGGAUUUCCUAAAGGAUAACUCUCUGGAAUCGAAUAAAUCUGAAUCGCGGAGCAUAUCUUUUGAUACAUCAUUAGUAAAUUUAUUCUAGAGUGCUCAGUUUUAUUACGUAAGCAGAAGGCAGAAGAUUAUUAGUAAUUAAUCGUGCAUGUUUUAUUUGAUUUCUAAAAUCGAGGCAGGGAUCAUGUAGCUUGCAAAUUGAUUGCAUCAAGAUGAUGUUUCACCUCCAAGAUAAUAAAAGCAUCUGAACUUA